UCAUUUCACAAUGCGUAUUAUUUAAUUUAAGUUUUACCAAGACAUAUUGCUGGUGGAUUACUGUGAAAAUGUCCACUUAUGCAUAUUAAAAAAUUGAUAGACUAAUCGACUAGUUGCUAAUCUUUAUAUUUCACAGAAAAUAAUAAUAAUUGCAAGCAAAUAAAUAAACUCACUAGUGAUCACUAUAUAAUUGUGGCAGAUUUAUUAAGUUAGCCCCUAAGAUAAUUUGAAAAGGCAAGCAAAACAAAGACAAACUUACAAAAGUCAUUGUCCUGAAACAAAAUAUAUUUUUAAUAUAUACAGAAAUGUUUUUUUGUCAAAAUAAAAUAAUAAUAAAAAAUGUUGAUUUGUUUAUUUAAAUGUACUGUCGUAUUGAAGUUAUGACACUAUAAUUCAAAGGGUCAGGCUCCACCUAAAAUUAAAAAAAAUUUGGUGCAGUGUUUCAAAUGCGAUAUGUCAUCUACAAAAUAUUGGUUUCGUGUGGAACAAGCCCUCUUUCAUAUGAAUAGUUCUAGUUUUAUUUUAAUUAAACUAUUUAAAACUUGACCUUCAAAACUGUCUAUAUAUUUCCCCCUUUCGAAUUACGUAUCUGUGUCAAAGAUUGUCAUCACCAAUCUACAUAUAUUUAUUCAGUAUCAUAUACGUAUAUAUUUAUAAAUAUUUAAAUUAAAUAACUUAGGAAAAAUAACAAUGGUGUUUAAAUCAGAAAAAUCAAACCCGAAAAUGAAAUCAAAGGAGAAGCAAAGGAAAGGAUUAUGGUCACCGGAGGAAGAUGAGAAGCUUAGGAGUCAUGUCCUCAAAUAUGGCCAUGGAUGCUGGAGCACCAUUCCUAUUCAAGCUGGAUUGCAGAGGAAUGGGAAGAGUUGUAGAUUAAGGUGGGUUAAUUAUUUAAGACCUGGACUUAAGAAGUCUUUAUUCACUAAAGAAGAGGAAACUAUACUUCUCUCACUCCAUUCCAUGUUGGGUAACAAAUGGUCACAGAUAUCGAAAUUUUUACCAGGCAGAACCGACAACGAAAUCAAAAACUAUUGGCAUUCCAAUCUAAAGAAGGGUGUUGUAACUUUGACACAACAUGAAACCACAAGAACCCCUCAAACACCUUCAAUCACAAACUCACUUGAGGCCUUGCAGAGUACAACUGAAAGAUCUGCUUCAUCUAUCAAUGUCGCAGAAACAUUUAAUGCUCAAAUCUCAAGCUUUUCGCCAAGUCUCGUGUUCUCUGAUUGGUUAGAUCACAGUUUGCUUAUGGAUCAGUCAACUCAAAAGUCUAGCUUUGUUCAAAACCUUGUUGUACCGGAAGAGAGAGGAUUCAUUGGAUUAUGUGGCCCGUGUUAUUUGGAAAACAACCCUUUGCCUGAUUUCGUACCAACUUCAGAUUUUUUGUUCGAGGAUGAUACUUCAUUUUAUGACAAUUUUUUGAUCGGUAGUCUCAUCAACGAGCUACGACCAAUGUAAAUGUUCGAAGAGAGGUACAAGUACAAAGAGUAGACGGUUAAUUUACAUAGAAGAGGCUAAAGAGUAAAUAAAUAAAUACUUUAAAUUACACUUCCAA